AUGAAGCGGUUAUGGAAUGGAGCCAAACACCUUCUGAAUGGCGGAAGUCUUGGCUAUUUGGCGGCGGGUGAGCCAUAUCAGCCGUUUGGUGAGGAUUUUGGACUUACCAUCUUUCCUGACUACGUCCAAUUGGUAGAGAAAAUUACACUAAGAAAAGGUUAUGUUGAUGUUUAUACCCAAAAAUCUGCAUCCAUCAGGCUCAGUGAUGGUCGUUUCCAGCUUCCGCCUCUACCACCACGUUCCUUUUUGUCUUUAAUAAGCCGUAUAGAGCAGGAUGGAAUUGUACCUGAUGGAUGGCUAAAUAACCAAACUGCAAACCUUUAUGAACCCGGGGACUUUAUACGCGCGCAUAUAGAUAAUCUUUUUGUCUACGAUGAUAUCUUUGCGAUAGUUUCUCUUGGUUCAAAUGCCUUAUUACGCUUUGUGCAUGUGCAGAAUGGGGAAGAGUUGGAUGCGGUAGUGCCAGAUGGGAGCCUCUACAUCAUGAGCGGUCCUGCUCGAUAUGUUUACUUUCACAUGGUCCUUCCCGUGGAGGAGCAGCGCUUUAGUAUUGUAUUUCGACGCUCCAUUUUGAAUUCAGAUGGGGGUUUUCGUCCUGUAACUACACCUUUAGGAGAUCUCAUGCCUUAUCGCUCUACACACAUUUUAAAUACUUUGUAUGCGAAACAGAUUGGCGGUGUACGCGUAACCGUGGAUGAUAAUUACCUCGAAAAGGAGGGGAUUGGGGCUUUUGACACAGCCAAAUGGGUAAAAGGUCUCCAUCCUCUGCGGGAUUGGUCACUGUUGUCUCAAUUAGACGAGGAUGAGGCUCGAAUACAAGAGCUGAAAGAUAAACGGUACCUGGAUAUAGAUCUUAGUUGGAGGUUUGCCGAGUUGAGAAGGCGUUACAAGGAGCUGGAGGAAUUGUUGAGCGUUUGA